AUGGUUAAAACUCUGACCUCUGAAGAACGCACUUCCCUACUUGAUCCGUUACUUCAAAACUCUUGGGCACUAAUCGAGAAUAGGGACGCAAUAAAAAAGACGUUUAUGUUCAAGAAUUUUAAUGAGGCGUUCGGGUUCAUGACUAGAAUUGCUUUGAAGGCUGAGAAGGUUGAUCAUCAUCCAGAAUGGUUCAAUGUAUACAAUCGCGUCGAGAUAACACUUGCAACUCACGAAUGCCAAGGGCUCUCAAAACGUGAUGUAGAUUUGGCGAAGUUCAUUGAUGAUAUUUAUGUGGUCAAAAAGAUUUAA